AUGAUCCAUGUUUCAUUCACUGACUUUGUUUUUUUUCUGAAGAACCUCACGACUUCUUAUGUGCCCGUCAAAGAAGCCUUGGUGAACGGUUUGCCUGUCUGCCAUGACUGCAUCAUAUCAGCAUUCGAAGACAAGGAAGGCUACCCACGCAGGCAGCUGGUAUGACAGCCAGGGUGACGUGCUUUCGUCGAAAUUGAAAGCGUGGCUGGAGAAUGCCAGUCCAUCUCAUGCACCAGCUCGUGCUAUUAUAGCACCGCAUGCUGGCUACUCGUAUAGCGGUCCAUGCGCUGCGUUCGCUUACCGCCAGGUUGUACCAGAAAAAGUAAAAUGUGUUUUCAUCCUCGGCCCGUCUCAUCAUUACUAUCUGAAGACUUGUGCACUGGCGUCCGUCGACGCUUAUGAAACUCCUCUGUACAACCUCACCAUUAACAAGAAAAUUUAUCAAGAGCUGCGUGGCGCGGCUUCGUUUGAUUCCAUGACUCAUGGUGAUGACGAGGCAGAGCAUAGCAUGGAAAUGCACUUGCCCUACAUAGCCAAGAUUAUGGAAAGUCGUCGUGAUAAUUUCACAAUAGUCCCCAUUCUAGUUGGUAGCUUGAGUCACGACACGGAGGCGAAGUAUGGCGCUAUCCUUGCCAAGUACCUCGCUGAUGACGAGAAUCUAUUCGUUGUGUCAUCCGACUUCUGCCAUUGGGGGAAGCGCUUCAGAUACGUAGAAUAUGAUAAAACAAAGGGCAAGAUCCAUGAAUCUAUUGAGUGUAUGGAUAAAGAGGGCAUGGAAAUCAUUGAGAGCCUCAACCCCAGGCACUUUGCCUCGUACCUGUUGCGAACAGAAAACACAAUUUGUGGGCGCCAUCCGAUAGGAGUCUUCUUGAAUGCGGUUGACGUCAUGCGACGUGACUACCCUGCACUGCAACCGUCAAUGAAGUUUACAAAGUAUGCCCAGUCCAGUAAAGCCACAUCCGCAGACGACAGCUCAGUUAGCUAUGCAUCUGGCGCUCUGGUCGUAGCGAAUGCGCCGACCGAAGCAAAGUCAGCAGCGGGUGCACAAGCCAGUAGAUAACUACUUUGUUCACGGAGCUGAUGAUUCUCUCUUUUUCUAGUUGCUGUGUCAAUACCUUAUUUGGCAAUAUGUUAUUCACCUUCUCCGCUUUUAGUUCUUGUGUAUCUUUAGACUUAUUCUCCACUUACACUAAGCUGCUUGUCUACGUCUGCUGAUGCUACAUACACGCGCGCGCGUACUCCCCCCCCCCCCCCCCCCGUCCAAUUUCUUCUUUGUCAUUUAGUACUUGAUAUAUUAGCCAGAUGAACAGGUUAUCUUUCAAAUCACCAAUGCCAGCAUGUUUAUUCGUUGCUCGUUCGCCAGUUGUUCCAUUUACAUGGCCACUUGCAAGGUCAUCACAGCAGACUCUGUUUUAACGUUAUCCCAUUUUACUCUCCAGGCUGCAACUAACUGGUGGUCUGCUGUGUUCUGUCGUGGUCAUGUGUACCUCAUAUGAACACAUUUCUGUUUUAUUUGUACCCUAUUUUACCUCCUCUUUUCAACAUGUACAGUAUGUUUGACAGUGUGUUUUCUUUUUGUUCCAGGAAGAUAACUGGGACUGGUGUUUUUGUCAUGUUUCAACGAUUGUGCCAUCAUUGGCUGUCAUGUAGUUUGUACUGGUACAUGUACUGGUCUGAUUUUAACAAUUAUGCUGACUUUACUCCGGCUUAUGGUUUGCUUUUCGGUUUUUUUCUGGACGAGGGAUGUUCAAUGAAAGCCGAUCAAAACGAA